AUGCAGCAGAACUUCCUUGACGGUACUGUGUGCGGUGGUGGUGGGAAGUGCAAUAACGGUCAAUGCAAAGGUUCAACCGCUGCCAAAGAAAUCGGUAGCUGGAUUCAUGACAAUCGUAACCUCGUCAUUGGAAUAUGCUGUGGCAUUGGCGGACUUCUGCUGCUUUCCAUCCUUAGCUGCAUUGUACGACGAUGCAGACGCCCUCGGCAGCCGCGUCGAACCCAGCCAAUGAUGCCACCCAUGAACCAAGGGUGGGGGGGCCCUAUGCCGCAGGGUGCAUGGAUGAGUGGCGCGCAGCAAGGACAAGGACGUGGUGGCAGUGGCCAUGGGUAUGGAGGCUACAAAGGUGGUCCGCAGUAUCCACCGCUUGGAUAUGUGCAGCCUAGUGUGCGAUAUGCUUAA